AAUCUUAAUGGAGAUCCAGAACAAUAAUCACGAGGACAGUCGUAAACAAGUACAAGUGUAAGAGAGUCAAGAGGAUAUCUUUCUCAGCCGUCGAACUGUCUAUUGCCGGCCGACGAUCUAUUCUCCGACGCUACCAAUGGGGAUGAGCAUCGGCUUUCUCGUCGGCACUUUUGGUGUUCUGAUCCUCUCCCACGCUGCUUACUCCACCAUCCAGUAUAGGGCUUUGCUUAAGAUCACUGAGGAAGAGUUCUCUGGUCCUCCCAUCAAUGUGGUUAUGGAGUUGAUAAUAGGGUUAGUGUUGUGCAUAUGGGCUGCACUUAUUGUACCCGGGAAGUUUUUGUCCAUACAUCCCCAAUCCGAAGAGAACAGGGUGGUUGCUCUACCUGCCAAUCUGGACUUCAUGAUUUUCAAUCACCGAGGGAAAGCGUUUCCUCUGGAAGUUGAUUUCAAGUUGAAGUGACACGAGGGGAACCAGAGUUUUGCGUUCUCUUGCAAAUCUUUUUCUUUCUCUACAAAGCAGUUAUUUUAGCGACAGUGCGUGACAAUUCCCAAAUGUAUUAUUAAAAGUUGUAUUUUCUUUUGUUGAUCUGCAAAAUGGAGCAGCUUCUAAUCUUUAACCUUACUAUGCCAAUACAUUGAUGUUUUUAUGUUUGCCUAGGAGAGGAUCUUGGUACUGUUUCUCCUUGAUAUUCAAUUCCUUCCAGUGUU